AGAACCGGGUGGAGGGUUCUGGAUUUCACUUUCUUGAAGUAGGCUUUGGGAACUGCUGACUGUCAGGCAUGAAACAAACACCAUUCAGUCCACGUCCAGUCAUUGUCGGAACAACAACUUACGCUUUCCCCGGGUCCCUAACUCCAUUUCCUAACCAUGUGCGGUGGCUGGGCUUGUGCCUCCUACGACCUGGCCUGCAAUAAUCCUCCCUUGUCCACACUGCGUUUCACCGGUCGGGACUUUAUACCCACGCCCUGCGGUCCUUGCGAUAAGUGUUAUGUUCUAGAUACUAGCCGCAAGAAGAACACCAACAACUGCUAUGUUCCGCACAUCCUGUCCCCACUGGAGGCACAGCUCUGCACGCUGGACAGUAGUCAGCAAAAAAAGGAAGACAAGUAAACGUCAGGAGGACAUGCGGGGUUAUACUAAUGAAAUUAUAAGUGUGGAUCUUCUGUACCACCUAUUCCCAUAGGAAGCCAAUAAAAUUCGAGGGACUUUAGAUAA